CCCCGAUCACUGCCUCUCACCUCGAUCUCAGCCCCAUCCGAUGGGCCGCCUCACACAGCUCCAAGAAGCGGUCGACAAGAUCACACAAAUCCUCUACACUUCGACCGGUGUGCUGCAGCGAGACGCACCGCUGCUCCAGGUUUCCGCAGACAUCCCUGUGACUGCAUGGACGGAGGAGCAAAUCCAGCAGCGCAAGCAGGACCUGACAGCGUCGGCCAAGGAGAUGGCGAAAGACAUUGUGGAAACGAGCCGGGUGAUCGACUAUCUGAUUGACAAGCUGCCGGGAAUCACACAGACGGAGGAGCAGCAAAUUCACAAGAUACAGGAGCUCGAGGUCGAGAAUCAGGAGAUUGGCAGGAGGCUCGAGGCGUCUGUGCUCCAGGGAGAGACUCUCUUGAGGGAGAUCCGCUCGACGCUUCGGCUGAUCGCCGAGGACCAGGCCGAGUUCUUCCGGGACACCGAGAUAUGAAAACACCGCAACGGAGCCUCAAGCAAGGGCGCUUCGCUCGUCGCCCAAUAUUCAACAAUACACAUCUGAAACUGCAUUGGCUUUGCUGGCUGCAGCGCCGAUAUCGCCGCCAAGCAUCAGGCCUGUCGUCGGCCAAAUCAAGGC